GCCUCCUUUGUUUAAGAAGCUGUGAAGGAAGCGGACUCAGCUUUGUUCUCAUUCUUCCUGUUAUUUUUGAACUGUUUGGCAGUUAAUUCCGCACCAUGCCUGAACCCUCCAAGUCUGCUCCGGCCCCGAAGAAGGGCUCCAAGAAGGCGGUAACCAAGGCUCAGAAGAAGGACGGCAAGAAGCGCAAGCGCAGCCGCAAGGAGAGCUACUCCGUGUACGUGUACAAGGUGCUGAAGCAGGUCCACCCGGACACCGGCAUCUCGUCCAAGGCCAUGGGUAUCAUGAACUCGUUCGUUAACGACAUCUUCGAGCGCAUCGCGGGAGAGGCGUCGCGCCUGGCGCAUUACAACAAGCGCUCUACCAUCACCUCCAGGGAGAUCCAGACGGCCGUACGCCUGCUGCUGCCCGGCGAGCUGGCGAAGCACGCCGUGUCCGAGGGCACCAAGGCCGUCACCAAGUACACCAGCUCCAAAUGAGCCAGGCCGCAGCGGAGCGAGCGAACUACAUCCAUCACUUCGUGCUUGAGAAGGGAUCCUUCUGAAGUCAUCAGAAUAAUUAACCUCAUCAGAGUACUCAGAAUGACAUCUACUAUGGAUUCUCCGCUUCUGCCAUCCUGACAAUCCUCUGAUACAUUUUUGUUGGAUCCAAAAUCUUGGUGGAGGGAAAUCCCUGAACAACAUCCUGACUUCUUAAGGUGGGAUGCUUAUCUCCUUAGGCUACAUCAGACUGUAGUUGUUGCUACCUUCAAGCCUAGUGUUAAAUUUUCACAGUGGCCACACCAUGGAACAUAGACCUCUACAAACCACAAAUCAUGACUUUCAAUAAUUUUUAAGUUGUAAUUUGAUGGAGUUAAGAAAUAUAGAAGAAUAUAUACCAUUCAUCUGCACCGUGCCCUGCUGCUCCAGUGUCCUGGACCUCAGUCCAUCCUAUGUAGGAAGAUGAUAGCCUGCAAUAGGACUUUAAGGCCACUCUCAUUCCAUACCUAUUUUCUAGAUGAACAAACCGAUGCACAGAGAAGGGGAGUAUUUUGUCUAAAUAGCUAGAGGAUCAGUGACAGAAUCAGUUUAUAAACCUCAUGGUAGUAGCCAUCAGUGUACAAAUGAUAGAUUUUGUGGUCUUUUGUUAUCAUCAAACUAAAUUCUUUCAAAACAAAUGGAGAUGACCCAUUCGUAUUUGUUUUAAUAGUGAAAAAGAUGCCAUUCUUUAUUUGAAAAAAAAAAAAGUUUCUCCCUCUUGUUCCCAAGAACAGGAAAAAAAAAAAAAGGCAAUUUUUUUUUUUUUUUUCUUGGAGAAUACAGGUAAAAUUCUCUUUGGAGGGUCCUAUAGCUCUACCCUAUCAUCAUUGCUCUACCCUAUCAUCAUUGCACAAUUAACAACUUUUGCCUUUCCUGUGGGAAACAAGCAUGUAUAGCAAAGUCUGCCUGUUGAUUAUAGUACUGAAAUUAAGACAAACUAAACUCCGUCUGUAACUUUUCCAGAAGACAGUGUUUGAAAAUUGCAACUUAUACUCACACAAUGCUUGCAGACACCCUGUAUUUCAAUUGUUGGAAAUUUGUGCCACCAAGGAGCAGAGAGAAACCUGCCCACUGAAAUUGCGCCAUGUGAGACAUGGAGUUGUUGUUAUAUCUCUUAUCUGACCAUUAUUUCUGCCUUGACAGCAGUAAUGAAAUAGACAAGAAGAGGCCUCUCCCUGAAGCAGCAGCCCCCCUGGGAAGACCCUUUAUACUCAUUCUCCCAGAGGGUCAGCAAUCCAGGUUUGCCCAAGUGAAAGGCUAAAGUAUCACUGUGGAUGAGACCUGAAUGCUGUUUAAUUAUUUGCAAUAGAUACAAUGUAGUUAUUUUUAAAGUAGACGUUUAAACAUUAACCUAUCCUUAUUCUUAGUUUCUUUUGUCCUCCUCAUUCCAAAGAACCAAAACUAGGCCUAGUCCGGGGGAAGGGAGUCAUACACCCCUGAUUUCUAUGGGCUGUUCUAUUUAAAGGAAGGCAGCUAUUAUGGGGAGAAUUUUAUCUGCCUCCCCCAGCCUCGCUGAACCCUCAGAAUGUAACCAUAUUUAGGGAUAGAGUCUUUAAAGAGGUAAUUAAAUUAAAAUGAGGUCCUUGGAAAGUGGGUAGGUCCUACUCCAAUAUGACUAGUGUCCUUUUAAGAAGAUGAAAUUUGGAUGCAGACAAGUACAGAGGGAACACAUGUGAAGAUAGAGGGGGAAAGAUGGCUGUCUACAAGCUAAGGAGAGAGGCCUAUAACCCAUCCUUCCCUCACAGCCCUCAGAAGGAAACAGCCCUGCUGGCACCUUGAUCUCAGACUUCUAGACUCCAGAACAGUGAGAAAACAAAUUUCUGUUUUUUCAUCCACCCAGACUGAGGUACCUUGUUAUGACAGCUGUAGCAAACUAACAAAGCAGCCAAUAUGUUACUAUAAUGUUACAAUCCCAAUCCUCUGUCUCUUUAGCUGUAGACCAAAGAUACCACUAGCACUUACCUCAUUUGAUUGGAAAAAUAAAUUAGAUAAUGCACAGUAUCCAAAGAUAGUACACACUUAAUAAAUGACAGCCAAUAACUACUGUGACUUUUUCCCCUAUAUGCCAAAAGCAAGAUGUAAGUGCUGUACAGUUUACUGCUUGAGGGCAGAUCCUUGAGUGAAGAGCCAUGACGUAAACUCUGACAUUCAAUAAUCCCUCAAAUGACAAAAUAUUAGAGCAAACGAAAUGAAGAACUUCCAGAUGUACCGGAGAUAAGCAAGAGAAAUACGUGAAUGGGAAUAAAAUGCUGAAAAUAGCAAAAACAAAUAGAGCACCAAAGGAAGGUCAUUCUUAUAAUCUGAAUUAGUAAAGAACCUACUCUAAAGCAGCCUAAACAGGUGGAAGGAACAUAGGCCCUGGAAAACCUUUUGUGACUGAAGUUCUGCCCAGUACUUGUUAGCUGGUUAUCUUGGAUGCUGCUUCAGUGAGCCUGUGUGUAUGAUCAGGCCACACAAGAUGGCUGUUCUCUUGCUCUCUGUACAUCCCCUGAUCGAACAGUCCCUGCUUCACCUCACCCUAGUCACAGGACUGACCUUUCCUCUUAAUCAUAGAGCUUAUCAGUAUCUGCUUAAGUGCUUGCCCCAGCUCCAACCAGAAAUUUUUCUGAUUCUUAGAACAGAACGGCUCCAGCAUGCUGGGUUAUUAAAGAGAAAUAUCUGCCCCCUUGAUGGUUGUUAACCAAAGGGACAGUGAGGGAUGUCCUCCUCUGCUGGUUUCCCCGGUAACUGAUGAGCCCACCUGACAUCAGUCCCCCCUAUAACUGGUAUACUGGUACACCCCCCACCCAACCCCCACCAUGAAGACUGCUGCCAUGUCCUGUCUGCUGUUGGUACAGAGUGGGGAGUCACUCUAGAACUUUGCUUCAGACAUGUAAGAUCCCCUGUUCAAUAAACCAUUGAUGUCUCUG